CUGAUCUGACUCUGUUCUGUUCGAGUGCGGAUCUGUUCCGUGUCUGUGUUUGUAGUUUUGUUGAUAAUUGAAGUUGAUGAACACAGAAAAAUGGCCGAGUCCAAAAUUUCAGUAGCUCAGGAUGAGUUCAGCUGUUCAGUCUGUCUGGAAACACUGAAGGAUCCAGUAACUAUAUCAUGUGGACACAGUUUCUGUAUGGUGUGUAUUAAUAACUGCUGGGAUCAGGAGGAUGAUAAAGGAACAUAUAGCUGUCCACAGUGUAGACAAACCUUCACUCCAAGACCUGUUGUGAGUAAAAACAUUAUUCUGACUGGAGUUGUGGAGAACCUAAGGAAAAGAAAAUUCCAAGAUCCACUUUCUACUGGACCUGAAGAUGUGAAUUGUGAUUCCUGCACUAGGAAAAAAUACAAAGCUGUUAAAUCCUGUCUGGUGUGUUUGGCCUCUUUCUGUGAAACUCACCUCCAACUUCACUAUGAAUCUCCUGCUUAUAAGAAGCACAAGCUGGUUGAAGCCUCCAGACGACUCCAGGAGCAGAUCUGCUCUCAGCAUAAUAAACUGCUGGAGGUUUACUGUCGUACUGAUCAGCAGUGUAUCUGCAUGUUGUGUAUGCUAGACAAUCAUAAAGGACAUGAUACAAUAUCAGCUGCAGCAGAAAGAACUAAGAAACAGAAGCAGCUGCUGGAGAUCCAGAGAAAAUUCCAGGAGAAUAUCCAGAAUAGAGAGAAGGAACUUUGUGAGCUAAUAAAUGCUGUGAAGUCUCACAAGUGUUCUGCACAGACAGCAGUGGAGAACAUUGAGUGGAUCUGUACUGAACUAAUCAACUCAAUUAACAGAAGAUGCUCUGAACUAAAAGAUCUGAUUAGAGAUCGAGAGACAGCAGAAGUAAGUCAAGCUGAAAAAGUCCUGAAACGGGUGGAGGCAGAGAUUGUAGAGCUGAAGAGGAAAGAUGCUGAACUGGAACUCCUUUCACACACAGAAGAUCCCGUCCAUUUCCUCCAGAAUUUUCAGUCUCUCUCGGCUCCUGCUGGAUCUGCCCUUAAAGAUUUGGAACUUUAA